UUUUUUUUAAUACUUUUCUUCAUUUUUCGUCAUCUUUUUAAUUAUUCCUCUUUUUUGGGUCUCCAACCUUUUCCUUUUGCUGAUUCAGAGCUGCUUCUCCGCCUCCUCGGCCAGUCGGCUGCUACCGCCACCGCUACCGCUACUGUACAACACUGCAUAUACUUCCCGAGUUUGUAUUAAUUGAGUAAAAAAUGGGAGGAAAUAGUUCAAAGGAUGAAUUUAGGAGGUCAACUUCAUCAAACCAAUGGAAUCAGUAUGAGAAUCAGCAAGCAGGAUAUAGCCAACCGUAUUAUGCACCUCCUGAGGAUCAAUUUCAUCAUCAACAGCCUUACCCACAGACGCCGGCACCAACGUCAUCGUCGAGUUACGGUGGAACUGGUCAGACUCAUGAACAUAAGAAGAGGUUUGAGAAGAUGUACUCUAGGAUAGCUGAUGAGUACAAAUCUUUAGAUGAGGUGACUCAAGCUCUGGCCCGUGCUGGCCUGGAAUCCUCUAACCUCAUUGUGGGUAUUGAUUUUACAAAAAGCAAUGAGUGGACAGGUAAAAUGUCAUUCAACAAUAGAAGUUUGCAUCAUACUGGCCAUGGACAAAAUCCUUAUGAACAAGCAAUAUCUAUAAUUGGAAAGACACUUGCUGCUUUUGAUGAUGAUAAUUUAAUUCCAUGUUACGGAUUUGGAGAUGCAUCAACACAUGAUCAAGAUGUCUUUAGUUUCUAUCCAGAUGGAAGAGUUUGUAACGGAUUUGAGGAAGUUUUGUCCCGGUAUAGGGAAAUUGUUCCCCAUUUACGACUUGCAGGACCUACAUCAUUUGCCCCUGUAAUUGAGAUGGCCAUAACAAUUGUUGAGCAGAGUGGAGGGCAAUACCAUGUUUUACUAAUUAUUGCAGAUGGGCAGGUUACCAGGAGUAUUGAUACAGAGCGGGGUAGACUAAGUCCGCAGGAGCAGAAGACAGUUGAUGCGAUAGUGGAAGCGAGCAAAUAUCCUCUUUCAAUUGUUGUUGUUGGGGUUGGGGAUGGACCAUGGGACAUGAUGAAAGAAUUUGAUGAUAACAUACCUGCAAGGGAUUUUGAUAACUUUCAGUUUGUGAAUUUCACUGAAAUUAUGGCAAAGAAUAAUCAUCAAACUCGGAAGGAAACAGAGUUUGCUCUUUCAGCAUUGAUGGAGAUUCCUUCUCAGUAUAAGGCAACAAUAGAGCUUAAUCUAUUAGGUAGGCGUAGGGGAGCUUCUCCAGGGAGAAUCCCUCUUCCUCCACCUUCGCAUAAUGCACAGUCAUUAAGCAGUGCAUCGUCUUUUAACUAUCCAAAGUUUUCUCAAUCAACAAGCUUUCAGUCAAGUGCACCUGCGUAUUAUGGAAACCCUAGCCAUGUUGGUACAGCUCCAUCUGCUCCUAGUUCUACCCCUGAUGCAGGCCCACCUGCUACAAGCUCUGAAUUUGAUAAUCUGUUGUGCCCUAUUUGCUUGACUAAUAACAAGGACAUGGCUUUUGGCUGCGGACAUCAGACAUGCGCUGAAUGUGGGCAAGACCUCUUGAAUUGUCCAAUUUGUCGCAGCACUAUACAAACGAGGAUCAAACUCUACUAACAGGAACAUGGUUGAAAUUCUUUUUGUUUUUGUGAAUAUUGUGGCUGUCACUGUCAUUAGCUGAAAUUCUUUAAUUCAUUUUUUGAACUCAAAUUCAAGUUUAUGGUGAUCUAGUAUGGUGGAGUAACUUUUUCGAUGAACUUGGCGUGGGAGAUGGAGAUGUAUAAUCUUGAUGGUGUUAUCGGGGACGUAGUUGUGCGAUGCUUUUCUUUGUGACAUUAUUUGCAAAUACGGAGUAACAAUUGUUACACAGUA